UCCACCGGUAUGUGUUGUGUUUGUGUUGAUUCUGACGGGUCGCGGUGUACGGAACGCUGUUGCAAGUGUCAAACAAUGGAGCGUCAUUAGCUUGUCUGUCGGCAAUGGAAGUUUCAAUACGUGGACGAGUAUUGUUAACGAUUUAUUUCGAAGUUUUAAUUGUUACGACAUCAUUUAGUGUCUUGAGCGAAACGCCACAGUUCUGUGUUUCGGAGGAGGAUGGUAGUAAUUCCUGUCACCCAAGGAACGUUUGGAACACUGACAGGUACAUUUUGUAUGACGUGAAUCCACCGGAAGGAUUCAAUUUGCGCCGAGAUGUUUACAUGCGAAUGGCAGUUCUUAUGAAGACGUUGCAGUCUCAUGGGAACUGGAAACUGGUGUUACCUCCAUGGCCAAAGCUUUAUCACUGGCAAUCAACAGAUGUUGGAAGACAGGACAUGCUGCCUUGGAGCUUAUUUUUUGACAUAGAGAGCCUCAAAAAAUUUACCCCAGUUGUGGAAAUGACAGAUUUUUUUUCCGGAUUGAGUAGCCAGCCUGAAAAAGUGACAGAACAGUUUGUGGUUGGUGAAGUAAACACAACCAUAAUUGACCAUGUUUUCUAUCUACAACACCCAAAGGACCUGUGGAAAGAUGAAAAUUUUGAAGAAAGAUAUAGUAUUGAUGAGUGCCCUCAGAGCAUUCCUUACAGGAAAGUAACAAAAGAUGGGAUAUGGAGAGGAAAAUUCUGGGGCUAUUCUAACCUCACAGCUACAGAUUUGAAAUGCAUUUCUUUUCAUGGACAUGUCUCGCUUCUGGUAGACAUUCUGAAAAACAUACAUAAGAGAGCAGUCAUGAUUGAUCAUGCAGAAAUUGCUCUGCAUGAUGCAUUUGGUGAUAAAGUAUACUGGGAAGUGAGGAGGAGUAUGAGAUUUGCAUUGCCACUUGUUGAGAUAGCAACAGAAUUCAGGAAAGAUUUUCUUGACUCUGAUGAUGACACUGAUGGUACAGUAAGGCCAAGGGACUGGCAGAUGGAAAAGGGAUUUUCUGAAGCACAUGGUGGACCAUACCUGUGUGUACAUCUGAGGAGAAAAGAUUUUGUCUGGGCAAGAGCAAAAGAUGUACCCAGCAUCAAGGGAGCAGCCCAACAGAUCUCCGAGUUGUUAAAGAAUUUGGAGUUGGACACAGUAUUUAUCGCAACAGAUGCUCCAAAAGAAGGUAUAUCUGUGCAAAUAGUGGAAUAUUUGAUUCUGCAGUGUUCUACCUUUAAUAGCUCUAUGUCUGUUACAUCAGGCUAUGAAGACAUUCUUGUAUCAGAGUUUAAAGAACUGAAAUCAUUUCUGAGGGGAUACAACGUGUUAAGAUACAAAGCCCCAGCUAAAGUGAAAGAGAAGUACAAAGAUGGAGGUGUUGCAAUUAUAGAGCAAAUAAUUUGCUCACAUGCAAGGUACUUUAUUGGAUCAUAUGAGUCAACAUUUUCAUUUCGUAUCCAGGAAGAGCGUGAAAUAAUGGGGUUUCCUACUGAAGCAACAUACAAUAGAUUGUGUGGAGAUGGAGUGAGGAACUGCUCAAAGCCUGCUCAGUGGAGAGUGGUAUUUUAAUAAAUAAACAUGCUGUUAUUAAUUCAGUUUGUACAAAACAAUCCUGGUUGAGAUAAAUGACCAGUGAUAAGUUUCUUCUGUGGAAUGUAAGAUGACCAAUAAUUUAAUACAUUUCAAAUAGUUGUACAUGAUGCUGUUAAUCUGUUUCUGCAAUAAAUUUCCACAUUACAUUGUA